AUGACAAUUGAUCCAAAUACAAUAUCGGCGGCAACUACUCCAUUUGCACUUAUCGACGACUACAGUGCUAUUGAAACUGAAAAAGAAAUCCUAUUUUCAAUGCAUACUGUUGUUCGUGUCGAUGAUAUCAAGCAAUCAAUUAGCAAUAGUCGUCUGUGGGAAGUUCAAUUGACUCUGACCGGCGAUAAUGAUCCACAAUUGGCUGCUCUUACUAAUCACAUACGAGAGGAAACUCAAGGAUCCACCGGAUGGCAUCGAAUGGGUCAACUGAUGCUCAAAGUGGGUCACUUCAAUCAGGCUGAAGAACUCUACAAUGGAUUACUCAAGAAUGCUUCCAGUGACAGUGAUAGAGCAUUUAUUUAUCACCAGCUUGGAAUUUUGAAAUUCCAACAAGGAAAAUAUAACGAAGCGGUCUCAUUUUAUGAAAAGUCUCUCGAAAUCAAGAGAAAAACUCUUUCGGAAGAUCAUUCUUCAUUGGCUACUCUCUAUACUAACAUUGGUCUUGCGUAUAACAACAUGGGUGACUACUCGAAAGCACUUGAAUUUUACGAAAAAGCACAUAAAAUAAAAGAAAAAGCUCUGCCUCCGAAUCAUCCCGAGUUGCCUACUUCCUACAACAGCAUCGGUCUCGUGUAUAACAACAUGGGUGACUACUCGAAAGCACUUGAAUUUUACGAAAAAGAUCUCGAAAUCACGAAAAAAGCUCUGCCUCCAAAUCAUCCCGAUUUGGCUACUUCCUACAACAACAUCGCUUCGGUGUAUGACGACAUGGGUGACUACUCGAAAGCACUUGAAUUUUACGAAAAAUCACAUAAAAUGCUCGAAAAAGCUCUGCCUCCGAAUCAUCCCUCACUGGCUACUUCGUACAGCAACAUCGGUCUCGUGUAUGACGGCAUGGGUGACUACUCGAAAGCACUUGAAUUUUACGAAAAAGCACUUAAAAUUAAAGAAAAAGCUGUCUUCGAAUCAUCCUUCAUUGGCUACUUCCUACAGCAACAUCGGUGUGGUGUAUUUCCGCAAAGGAGACUACUCGAAAGCACUUGA